GACAGUCAGACCUCCAACUAACAAUAGAAGAAGUCGCAAGAACACUCUUAGCGCUAGACACCACCAAGGCUACUGGACCUGAAGGAAUACCAUCUCGACUUUUAAAAGAAACUGCGUGGCAGAUUGCACCUUCCCUCACCAAAAUAUUCAACAAGUCGUUAAGCUGUGGCGAAAUACCUGAUGAAUGGAAACUAGCAAACAUUGUUCCGGUACACAAAAAAGGCGAAAAGAGCCAAGUAGAGAACUAUAGACCUAUCUCCCUUCUUUCCAUAAUAUCGAAAGUACUAGAACGUUGUGUCCUGAGAAAUAUACGUGAUCAUUUGCUGCAAUUAAUCAAUGAUAGCCAACAUGGUUUUAUUCCCGGAAAGUCGUGUACAACUCAGCUAUUAGAGGUUCUUGACUAUAUUGGUUCACUUCUGGACGGUGGCAAGCAAACUGAUGUAGUCUACAUGGACAUGUCCAAGGCAUUCGACAAAGUCCACCAUAAAUAUCUGAUAAGCAAAUUAAGGAACGUCUAUGGCAUCUCUGGUAAACUCCUUCGCUGGUUUGAGUCAUAUCUGAUAAAUUGCAAGCAACGUGUUACUGUGCUAGGAGCUACAUCCUCCGCGAGACCUGUCCUGUCAGGAGUUCCACAGGGUUCAAUAUUAGGUCCCAUACUGUUUCUGUU